GAAACCACUGCAGCUGCAGCAUGGACUUGGAAGGCAAACGCUCGUGACAUCUCGUUAAAAGCGGAGAAAGUCGUUUCAUGUUCGGUUAGUCAACUCGACAGUUCUCCUGUAAUAUGCUUUCAUACGGAUUAUGGCAGAUUAUAAUGCUCCACAGAAAGACUGGUACUCAAUACUAGGAGCCUGUCCAACAGAUGACAUACAAGUGCUGAAACAGAAGUAUCAGAAACUUGUCCUCAUGUUUCACCCAGACAAGCAGAAGCCGGACGUUUCAGAAGAGGAAGCUGAGCAGCACCUGCAGAGAUUCAUUGACAUUGACCAAGCUUGGAAGAUCUUAAGUAAAGAGGAGAGCAGGAACGACUACAACCUGCAGUUACGAGCAUGUGAGCUCAAACAGAGCUGGCCAGUGGAUGCUCAUAUAACACUCGAUGACAUGAACUGGGAUUAUGAAACUGAAUGUUACUCGUACACCUGCCGAUGUGGAGGAGAAUUCAUCUUAGAAAAAGACGAAAUCCAAGAAGUGGAAACCAUUGUGUGCUGCGAUUCCUGUUCGCUCAGCAUUGAAGUAAAGAAGGGUACAUGACACUUUGGAUGCUUUCGAUUAGUUUCUUAAUGGACUGAGAUUUAACUCUUCUAAAAAUGGGGCAAAUUCAAUGGACUCAUGGUUAAUUUUAACAAAGCCUCACAUCUGAGUCUGACACCUUUCAGAUAUUAUUUAUUUUUAUGUUUUUAUUGUCCUCAAAAAUAGGUAACAUGAUAGCAGGAACUGUCCAUUUUCAUUAGGAGGUUUCAAUUUUCACAGAUUAAAUGUUUUUAACAUCAA